ACACCACUACAUAGUGCAAUCGCAGUUUGUUUUCGCGGCGGCGAGCACGCUCAACCUCCGUUAAUUGAUUGAUUGAGCGCUAAGCACGUCACGUCUGAUCUGAGCCAUAAAAGGACAUUCGGUUGAUUGUUUAAACUUGAAUUGUAACCGACAAAAGCUGGACAAGAAAAACAGCUGUGCUGUGAAAAGUUUGGCCAACUCAGCUUGCUAAGAAGCAACAGAACAAGAACCGCACCAGAAAGGGCGCAACAACUAAAGGAGAGAAAGAACAAGAAUAAUCGAAGGAGGAGGAGGUAAGAGUCGAACAAAAGGCAAGAGAAAACACAAGGAGAAGCACAAACAAUCAAAACAGAGUGCCGAAGAGGGACACAAAAUGACGGACGAGUGCAUAACCAGAAUCAACGGAGUUUUCAACGGGAACGGAGCGGGAAAUCGGAGCAGCAUUAUAGAUGAUAGUGUCGAUGCCAAGGGCUGUACGCCGGAAUCGGUUGUUGUUGGUGGUGCAACUGCAGCGAGCACCCCCCUGCUUUCGGCCAACAAAUUUGUGGCCCGAAUGCCUGUGGAGCGAUAUGCCAGCGAGUACAAUAUGAAUCACAAGCACCGCGGGCUGGCCCUAAUCUUCAACCACGAACACUUUGAUAUACCCUCUCUGAAGUCUCGCACUGGGACGAAUGUGGACGCCCAAGAGCUAAAGAAGGCCUUUGAUACUCUGGGUUUCGCAGUGUCAGUGUACAAGGACUGCAAGUUGAGGGACAUCCUAAAGAAUGUCGAGAAGGCGGCCGAGCAAGACCACACGGAUAAUGACUGCUUGGCUGUGGCGAUCCUCUCCCACGGGGAACACGGAUACCUAUAUGCCAAGGAUACGCAGUACAAGCUGGAUAACAUCUGGCACUACUUCACUGCCUCCUUCUGCCCUUCGUUGGCGGGAAAGCCUAAGAUGUUCUUCAUCCAAGCUUGCCAGGGCGAUCGUCUGGAUGGAGGAAUCACUUUGGAAAAGUGCGUCACCGAAACGGAUGGAGAGUCCUCCAUGAGUUACAAGAUACCCAUACACGCAGACUUUUUGUUUUCAUACUCAACCAUUCCGGGCUACUUCUCCUGGCGGAACGUAGACAAAGGCUCCUGGUACAUGCAGUCGCUGAUCCGAGAGCUGAACACUAAUGGCAAAAAGUACGACAUGCUCACCCUGCUCACAUUCGUCAACCAGCGAGUAGCCCUAGACUUUGAGUCGAACGUGUCCGGCACCCCGAUGAUGGAUCGCCAGAAACAAAUUCCCUGCCUCACCUCCAUGCUGACGCGCAUACUGCGCUUUGGCGACAAACCGAGCGGCAAUAAGGCCGGCUAGAAACAGCGUCAUGAUUUUUGAAAAUAAGCUGACCAAACAUCUACCGCAAUCAUUCACUUUGGAUUCCAUUUCACUUCAAGUCUAGUUUUAGGUGACGCGUGCCAUUAUCCCGAAGGAUAUGUUGCACCUCGACUCCCUUUCAUUACCCUCGUCCCCACUCAUUUCAGGCCUUAUCUAUGACGAAAUUUGUUGUCCACUUAAGUCUAUGAUAGACUUAUCCCUAAGCAUAAGCAGCACUUGCCAAUCAGCAAACCCACAAAUUUGAGAUAAGAUAACACAAUGAUGAAUUAUACAUAUACACGAAGACUUUUAUAUUUGAUACGCAUAAGAAUAAAAAUGAAUUGAUUAAAA